AAUUAGACUUGGUGCGCGCGCCACCCGCUUCACCGUUUUAAAACCCCGACAGAGAGAGAGAGAGAAAAAAACCACCUUUCCCUCAGGCGGUGCGGCGCUGGCACCACCGCUCCGCAGCCAGGCCCAAACCCCUGUUCAGCAGCUCCCCCCAGCCCCCACCAACCAACCCCCGGCUCUGGUUGUCAGGCCCGGGCGAGAGACGUUCAACACCCGCUGGUGUGUAAACUGAGAGUUUAUCGCCGAUAACACGAGGCGGCUGCGGCCUCUUCACCUCCCCCUUCAAUUACCCCGCAGCUGGGCUUCCUUUUUAGUUUUUAUUUUAAUUAUCUUUUUUUACAUUGGUUGUUGGUGGUGUUUGUUAGGAAUUGGGAAUGGACAUCGUGUCGACCUUGGGGCUAACUAAUUUCGUCAUGCAGUUUUCCCGGAUUUCCAUGUACCCUUUCUUUGACAUGGCUCACUAUACCCUGUCCAUCAUGAAGCUCAAGGAGCAGCCAGUUCCCACCUGGCUCAACAGGCGAGGGCGAGAUCUGUAGCCCGGAUCUAAAACUGGGGAGCAGUAGAUGUAGCACAUCGCAGUCCAAUUGCAUGUUGGUUCAGUGGUAUGCUUUGCUGCUUUGGUGGAGCAAUUCUGGCAUCCGUGCUUCUUGGUGAACCUCCCGUUGAACCUUUCACAAACAACAGAAAUAUAAUACUGGCUUCCGUAAUUUGGUAUUUGAUAUUCUACUGUCCAUACGACAAGUUCUACAAAUGCUGCAAUUUUUUGCCAUCUAAGUUAUUUAUAGCUGGUAUGAAAGAAGUAACAAGAGCCCGCAAAAUUAUUGGUGGUGUAAUAGAUGCACACAGUCGCUACAGAAAUGGCUGGCUUGCCGUGAUUGCUGUUGGAUGGGCUAAAGGUGCUGGUUCUGGGCUGAUAGCUAACUUUGAACAACUAGUACGAGGUAUCUGGAUACCUGAAAGAAAUGAGUUGCUGAGAAUGUCCUAUGGAACAAAGGUAACUCUGAUAGGAGCUGUACUCUUUACUUUUCAACAGAUGAAUUAUCUGCCUAUUACCAGACACAACCUGAUCUUUUUGUACACUAUGUUUGUAGUUUCUACAGAGGUUGCAAUGGUGCUCUUUAACAUUCAUCAUUCCCCUUUUGCACCUAUGGAAGUUGCUUUGUACCAUAUGGCAUUUAGUUGGCAGUCCACUUCCACUGAACCAAGUUUUAAAACAGAAGCUUCUGAUAAAGGGGAAGCCCCGGGCACACAGUGCCCUGCCUCCUUGGGUGCAACUCCUGAAGAAAGUGAAAGUAUCAAAAAGAGGAGGACAAAGAAGGCCGAAUAAGAUACUCGUCAAGAAUUGCGGGAUCCACAAAGUUAUCUUUCUGUUCCAGUGAAAGCUUUUGGGUGAGGUUUGGAAUCUUGCAGCGCAAAUAGUCAUCUGCAUAAAAUAUGUACCGAGGUGCCACUGAAAAGCCCUGCAGAGUUCAAGUAGACAUAAAACAGACUAAAGUUAUUGGAAUAACAUAUUGACUGUUGUUAGCGCUGGUUUUACUUUUACAAUGUUACUAUGGGUUUAAGUGGGAAGUACUUUUGAAGCCUUUAGUGUAAAGAAAAAGUUGCUGUAAUUUAGUAUUUACAAGAUUAAACUAUUGUUUCAAAAAUUUAUGGUGAAUUUCUGGAAAUCCUAUGUAAUUAUUCCUGUUCUUAAAUCUUCUAAGUGCCAGAAAAUAUUGAAAUUGUCCAUUCUACAAAAUGCAAUGCUUCUUAAGCGAUGAACAGCUAAAUGAUUGGGUAAACAAACUUUUUUAAACUUUAGUAGUAAAGUGGCAGCCUAGUCCCAACUCUGAGGCCUGAAUUUGAGAACCAGUUCUGACAUUCUAGAUUCCUGUUGGCAGUCUGAACUAGAUUGCUGGUGAAAGAAGGUAAUACAGCUGGGGUUGACAUUGCUGCAUCACCUCUUCCGGAUAUUUUAUUAACUAGAAUAUUGGGAGAGGUACUGUUCCUGCUGCUGACUGGUGAAUGUGAAGGGAGGGUGGUGGUGGUGGUGCGGGGGGGAGUGGGUAACUUCAGACAGGUACUGACUUAUUUACUAAUACUUUCCUAUUCAGGUUAUGUAUUCAUAUUUAAGCAAUAUUUUUUAUAUGCUGUUCUUCCUGCUGUCAGCGGUUUGUUCAUUUGAUAUCCAAAGUGGACUGUCAGCCAUUGCAGUCCUGUUGAUUCAUGACCUUAUCCUUCCUUCCUUAAUUAAUUUGGAAAGAAACAAAAUAAUUUUAUGCAUAAUAUUUACAGUGUGGUCAAAUGGGCUUUUCUACACUGAUUUUCUUAUAGAGGAUCUAUUUUUGAUUUUGUAUGUUUGUGUAUCGAAUACGAAAUGGUUUUCUUUUGUUCCCAUACAAUUUGGCCUUUUCCACUUAACACUGAUGCUGAUUAAGUAUGUACUUUUUUGUGGCACGUUUCUUUCUUUGUUUGCUGUUUAAAGGUGUACCAUUUUACAAAUGUUUUGUGAACCUGAGGUUGUGUAUUUGCAAAAAACAAAACAAUGAUAGCAAAAUGAGGUAGACAAAAAUUACUUUAUUGUAUUUUCAGAUAGAUUUCUGGAAAAGUUCCACCCUAAACUAUGAUGCAAAAGAAUAUUUGAAUUUAUUCUCAAUACUUGAUUUAUUAUUCCAAUGUGAAAUAAUACCAAAUGGUUGCUUGCUCUACAUCAGAAUCCAGAAUGGGCUUAAAGCCACGUGUUACCAGGAGUCACCUCUUGCCUAAAUAAGCAAGAUAUUAACUGAAUGAUAGUUUGGACAAUCUCUGGUACAUAUUGGAGUGGGGGAUCUGUUGGAAAGUACUAUCACCAUUCUAUACACACCUGGUCAAUAACUUGAUCACUUUUAUAAAUUCUGGGUUAAAAGUGACUUGCAUGUAACAAUUUUCUUUGAUCCAUUUGCACUAAUUUUAAAAUAUGUGCAUUUUGAUAUGCAAAUAAAGUUCAACUUUCCUUUC